AUGUCCUUGAGUCUCUCCCGGCGUGUGGCAAAGGUAUUGGUAUCAUGUGGUACCUUAUCCGCAAUCACGCUGCCGGUGAUUUUUUUCUGCAUUUUCCAGUGGCAGUACCAUGUAGAGCGCUUGAGUUACGGCCCGCCGACGACUAACUUGGUUCUGUAUGUCCUGCUGGUUGUGGAGUUCUUUGUUAUGACGCUGAGCAACCCGGGCGUUUUGAAGAAGAAGCAUUUCCCCGCCCAGGCAUAUAACCACUUGACUGGGGCAUACCGGCAGGUGGCGCCCCAGCGGUUCCUGGAGAUCCAGAUUAACGGCCAGGUCAUUAGCACAAAGUACUGCGUGACCUGCCACAUAUAUCGGCCUCCCAGGACCGUCCACUGCUCGAGCUGUGGUGGGUGCGUGCUGCGGUAUGACCACCACUGCCCCUACGUCGGCAACUGCAUCGGCUUCAACAACUACAGGAGGUUCUACUGCUUCGUCGUGACCUGCUGCCUGUACUACUUGGCUAUGCUUGUAUCGUCUGUUUACCGUUUUGUUGGCUUUUUCCCGAAACCCUGGGAGGCCUUCGAGAAGGAACCUGCGUCAUCUCUUUGUACGUUCCUGUCGAUCAUCUGGAACACGUUGGUUCUUUGGCUUGUUUUGGGCCUGUGCUGUUUCCACGUCCUCAUAAUUUCGAGAGGUCAGAGCACGUAUGAUCGCAUAAAGGGCAACUACAUGGGCUUCAAUCCGUUUUACCGAGGUUGCAAGCGGAGCCUCUUCGACAUGUUGUUCAUGAGGCACCGGCUCAUGCGGUUUGUUAACCCCUGGAGCCCCAAAGACAGCGCCAAUUACCUGUUCAGCCCAGGUGCCAUGUUCCCCUCCAAGGAACAGUGGGAGGAGAUGCGUCUGCAGGACAAGGAGUUUAGCGACUCGGCAGUCACUCCGAUGUUGAACACACACGAGAGGAACACGUUGCAGUACAUUAAGACCUUCGGCAAUGCGGAGUUCUCUUUUCUCAACCCGCCUACACUAGGCUACUCUUCAGCCAGUGAUGGCAUUACGCCCGUUACCGCCGCUGUUUAA